AUGGGUUCUGUAAAGGGCCCUCUUGAUUCGGCACCAGUAGGCAAAAUCGUCUCCUCCAAUCAGGAUCCCAAAGCCGAGUUCUCCAACGAUGCAACUGCGACAACCACGGUUCCAACUACAAAACCCAAUCAAAAUGAGGUCUCCAGAAAAUUGUCUGCCAAUGUUUCAGUCAUCAUCUUUCCAGGAGCAUGGCAUCCUGCCUCCUGCAUGAGCAGCUUCGUCUCAAGCCUGCGCUCCAUCGGACUCCCCACCGAGGCCUACACCCUUCGGAGUGUUGGGGACGCUUCGGCAGGAGUUGCGGCCGAUGUGGACUAUAUGCGAUCCAUCAUGAAUCCUCUGAUUGAUGCCGGCAACGACGUGGUUGUUGUUUCUCACUCGUAUGCUGGGUUCCCUACAACUUCAGCCAUCUCCGGCAUGGACAAGCGUGGCCGUGAGGCCCGCGGCGAGAAGGGCGGCGUCUUGGGCGUCAUAUACCUUGCGUCGUUUGUUCCGCAAGACGACGACACUCUGCAUGGCGUGCUGGGUAACCAAUGGCCUCCUUGGAUCAAGGAAGAUGAAACCGAACAAUUCAUUAUUUGCUCCAACGAGGGCCACAUCUUUUACAAUGAUUGCACGAGUGAGCAAGGAGAAGCCGUAACUGAGUCCCUGAAGCCGCAUUCUCUCAAGGCGAGUAAGGGCAAGGAUGCUAUCCCUAACAAUAUCGGCUGGCGCGAGUCGGGGUACGAUGGCCGCCGUGGGUACAUCCGCUUGACUGAGGACAACGCUAUUCCACUGUCGUAUCAGGACUACUUGAUUAGCCGGUCUGGGGUGAACUGGUCUGUCAAGACACUGAAUGCGUCUCAUAGUCCAUUUUUGUCCAUGCCUGAUGCUACAGCCGAGCUUGUGCACGAGCUUGCGCAGGAGUUUCUCGCUGCUUGA